UGUGAUUCAAUGUUGAGUACGAAUUCAUGAAGUUUUUGUUCCUAUGUUUUAUCUUGUUCAUUGGAACGGUGUGGGCUGGUGAAGGCACUUAUCCUCUGGCCCACAUCGUCGGUCCACAGAUCAUUGAAAAUUCAACCCAUAUUCCGACAGGAUAUUAUACAUUUCGACACGUUGAGACUGGGCAAUAUUUGCAAUUCAUCGAUUUUGAUAACCAGGUGGUGCCGACCCAGGGACCCAAUUCGACCGUGUUCAACGGCACAUUGUGGACCGUGAAAUGGCACGGUGACAAGAAUUACUCGAUCCAUCAUCUCAAUAAAGUCAAGUAUGACAAGUGCAUCUCAACUCGCUGGGAUCAUUAUCGAGGCAUGGACGAUGCGGCUGUCAUGUGGCAAUGUGAAAUCGAUAAUGUUACUCGCAACGAGCCCGAUUUCGAUAUCUAUCCUCACUUCAAAGGAGUCUACAAUGCUUCCUCGCCUCGUCCUCUUCAGAAACGAUGGAUGAAACGCUAUGUCAAUACGUAUGAAGCUAUUCGUCUCGAUAAACAGCAGUGGCUUUUUAUGCGUGCCGAUCCAUCGACGACCCCGGAAUUCACUAAUGUUCAGUUUGAUCCUUCAACGGGCGAGAAUCGCAUGUCGGGGUCCAUGGUGGAACCGGAUCGAGACAAAUGGCAGCAUUCAGGGAGUCAUUAUUUUUAUAUAGUGUCGGCUGCCCAUUUAUGGAACAUGAUUCCACGGUGUAUCUAUCCAACGGCGAUGUACGUUUUUGAUUUUACGGCCAAUAACACCGGGGUCACCAAGCUCGAUUAUUGCGUGUGGGGCAAUCGUUCGUUGCUGUGGGAGGCCACUCUAUGGAAACCGGCGUCUUUCCCUUUAGGCUAUAUUCCUGACUCGCGAUUUUUACCGGACAAUACAUCUUCUUUCGCUUGGAUUGGACUGGAUCCACAAAGCGCGACAAGCUCCACGUUGAUAUGGUGGGCUGUGUUGUUGACCUUUUCAUUGAUUGUAUGGGUCCUUCACUAACUUUUUCAGAGUUAUCUUUAUCCCUAUCAUGUAAUUUUAUUUAGCAUUGUCCUCCGUUCACAUCAAUUCACUCGAGUUCAUAUCAAUAUCCCCCUUCCAACCUGAUCUCCAAUAAUAAAAGAUAAAACCACUUUUAAAGGACGCUUUGAACUUGA